AUGCUAAGGGAAGUCUAUGGAGUCAGACCUUGUCUUGAAACAACCAUGUGGGACAUGGUGGAACAACCAGAACUGAACCACUCAGGGGACAGUCCUUCAAGGCUACUACCCUGCAUGACUACUACCCCAGGGAAGAGCUGUGAAGACAGGGGAGCCAAGGCCUCCAGGUGGACAAGACAAGAGGCUAUGGAAGAGAGUGACCCCCCUAUCCUGGAGGAAGAAGAUAGCCCACAGACAGGUGUCCUGGCAAGGCCGGAGUCUGUGUCUACCACCUCAGAAGCCGUAUCCCUGGGCCAAGUUGCUACAUUCCCAGGAUCCGAUUCCAUUGACUGGGGGUUAGAAGCCAUAGACUUGGAUUCCACAACCAUGUGUCCAGGGCUCACAUCUAUACCAUCAAGGGUCAUUUCUCUGGAGCCUGAGACUCUAUCAGUGAGGAAGGAAGGAGAGAGUCCAGAGAGAGCAACCCGAAGCCCAUCGCCACAGGUCCUGCUGCCCAAGCUGGGUUGGGAUGGAGAACUACUUCAGCCGGGGGCUCAGAUCUACAUGCACUUCAUGCAGGAGCAUAACUGCUAUGAUGCCAUGGCUACCAGCUCAAAGUUGGUUAUCUUCGAUACAAUGCUGGAGAUCAAGAAGGCCUUCUUUGCUCUUGUGGCUAAUGGAGUGCGGGCAGCCCCUUUAUGGGAUAGCCAGAAGCAGAGCUUUGUGGGCAUGCUGACUAUCACAGACUUCAUCCUGGUACUCCAUCGUUACUACAGAUCACCCUUGGUUCAGAUCUAUGAAAUUGAGGAGCACACAAUCCAAACCUGGAGGGACAUCUAUCUUCAAGGCUCUUUCAAGCCCCUGGUUUCCAUCUCACCCAAUGAUAGCCUGUUUGAGGCUGUUUAUUCCCUGAUUAAGAACAGGAUCCACCGCCUGCCUGUUCUGGAUCCUGCCUCAGGAAAUGUCCUUCACAUUCUCACACACAAGCGGCUGCUAAAGUUCCUCCAUAUCUUUGGUGCACUGCUACCCAAGCCCCAGUUUCUCUCCCGAUCUAUCCAAGACUUGGGCAUUGGCACAUUCCGAGACUUGGCUGUGGUUCUGGACACAGCCCCGAUCCUGUCUGCAUUGGACAUUUUUGUAGACCGCCGCGUGUCUGCGUUGCCUGUGGUCAAUGAGUCCGGACAGGUUGUGGGCCUCUAUUCCCGAUUUGAUGUCAUACACCUGGCUGCCCAGAAGACAUACAACCACCUGGACAUGAGUGUUGGGGAAGCACUGAGGCAACGGUCCCUCUGCCUGGAGGGCAUCAUUUCCUGCCAGCCUCAUGAAAGCCUGGGUGAUGUCAUUGACCGAAUUGCCCGUGAACAGGUUCACCGGCUAGUAAUGGUGGAUGAAUCGCAGCAUUUGUUGGGUGUCAUCUCCCUCUCUGACAUCCUCCAAGCCCUAGUGCUUAGCCCUGCUGGCAUUGAUGCUCUCGGUGCCUGAGAAUCCCAGUGUCCUUGUUUCUCAUGCAGCACUCCAGAUCCCAAACCCCCUCAAACCAGAUGGAAGGAGGAGGGGAACUCACUCCUCUCUCUCUGUCCAAUCCUCUCCUAUUCAGGCUCUACUUCUUCAUACCCAGUUCCACUUCCCCAACACAAACAAAGCACUAAUCCCAUAAAUCUUUGGGAAAGGCUGAUACUUCACAGGACCAUGGAGGUCAGGAAGAGAGCUCCCUGACCUGCAGGCACUGGGAUCAUUGGAGGAUAUUCUUA